UUCGUUCGGAUUAGAAUCCAAUGGAGUUGUGCUCGGCGGUGUGACAUUUUCCCGCCAUUUCCCCUACAACUUUGGCGCACUUUUCGCAUUUCAUUUAACAUUAUUUUCUUAAAAACGUUCAAUUCAAUCAGGAUAAAAGGGAAAGGUGGAAGUAAUUGGAUCUCGCCCGAAAAUCCAUCCGUAACGAUGUUGCCGUUUCCACUCUGCCUCUCUACCGAUCUGUCCCUUCCCUCGAUGUCCGUCUCCUGGAUUUUGAAUUCUUCGCCUUGGAUUGUCUCCGAGGUAGGCUCUUCUCUUUUUUAUUCAUUUUCUUCACUGUUUUCUCCCAAUUUCAUUUGUUCAACAAUGAUAAUUCCAGAAUUUCUAAUUUUCCCCCUUCGAUUACUGUUAUAUUACUGAGAGAGCGUCACAGAUCAGGGAAUGAACCAAUCGGACUCAUUUUCCUGUGGUUGUUUUGCCGUCAGGAGUAAUGUGUUUAGGAAAUUAGGACAUUCUACUGAGCAUUUUCCGGUGGUUACUUUGCCAUCAGGACUUAUUUUCCGAUGAUUUCUCGAGUGAGCAUAAUUUAAUAAUGAAAGAAGAAGAAAUUAAGCAAAAUCUAUUGAACAUUGGAAAAUUGAUGAUGGUGAAAUGAUAUUUGCAUGAUAGAAAUUUGAGAAAGUUUGAUUUAGGUUUUAUUCUGUUUGAUUUUGCAAUUGCUGGAUAGAGUUUUGAAAGGGAUUUCUGAUGGAUUGUCUCGAGGAAAGAAACCUCAAGAAAUGGAAAAAUUGGUAAAACUAUUGAUUUUCGAGUUUAGUGUUAUGCAUAUUUGUUUUCUUCAAUCCCCUUCUCUGUUUUGGGUCAUUGCCUUCCCUUAUUCCAGUUUUACUUAUGGACCUGCUCAGACAAGGGAUCUAUGGAAAGCAAAUAUGAGGCAUCCACAGGCUUCUGAGAUUGUGAGCAAGGAUAUAAUAUCACACUCUGCUCUCUGCCUUGUGUAUUGUAGAACAUAAGCUUGUAAUGCUUUUAUUUCUAUUCUCUGUGCAUCAUUGUUCCAUGAUUUUUUUUUCUUUUUUUGUCUUUUAAUUUAUUGCUAGUGAGGAGUUGAGGAAAUGGUUUCUUUCUGUGGAAAUCAACCUCUUUUGCUACUGAUUUCAUCUUGAAGGUUCUGAAGCACAGAGGGUUUUGAUGGCAGAAUUUGACAUUUCAUUCAAGCCAGUCAGCGAUGCUGAAUUUGAGCUGAUGCUAUAUUCUACAAGGUACCGUUUGAAGAAGUUCCAGAACUUGUAGGCAGUUGCCGAGUAUAUGUACAUAAAGGAUAUGCUUAUGUUGCUAUGAAUCAGAUUGUGGAAACCCUAAACGCAAGCUAUCUUGGACCUGACUAUCCUCAGCCAAAAGAAUUUAGGGAAAUUUCAAUUAAAGACCUUGAUCAAGUUGCAAAAACUUCAUUUCCUCUAUGUAUGUGUCACUUAUUUGACAAGCUCAGAGAGGAUCAUCAUUUAAAGCAUGGAGGGAGGAUGCAGUUAGGUCUUUUCUUGAAAGUUGUACUCAUUAAUCUUUAAAAGUUUCUACUUGAUAUAACUUAACCUAAUAUUAGCUUUUCAAGGAGGUGAACUAGGGAAGUUAGAUCCACAAUGCAUGAUACUUAUAUCUAAGUGCUGGAUAUGUCAUUGUGUGGACUUCAGAAACCAAGAUCAUCAAUGCUUUCAUUUCAGUUAUGUUCAGAUAUCCUCUUUGUUAAUGUAUGAUUUGCAUGCGUAACUUAUGCACUUUUAGAUUGUAUCCAUACUCCAGGAUGUCCCAUUUUAUCAUUGUGUUCUAGCUUAAGUUACUGAAAUGAAUAAUUUGUUGCACUGUAGCUUCAAUCUGGUAUGCAAGAAUAUCAUCCUUAUUCACCAUUUUAUACAUCAUACAUGUGCAGUAACAGGGUAAAACAAUUAUUUGCAGUAAUAAAUGGGAGAGCACAUAUGUUGAACACAGAUAAUAUCAUGAAAUUGUUUUCCUUAACACUUUCUCUUUUCAUGAUGCUCCUUUUGUUUAUUACUUUUCUUCACUGUUCAGGGUGUUGGGCUGAAGCUUGAUGAUGCCCUAGCAUUUUGGAGAGCUGAGUUCUCUUAGAGGCUUGUCUGUUAUUCACACCAUAAUGGAAAACGGUGCAUCAGCUAUCUUUCUCCUACUUCCUCCUUCCCCCUUUAGACAUUGUCUAAAUUUGACAUGUAGCAUACGAUGUCUUGUUGCUUAGCGCUUCAUAGUGCUGUAUUAAGUGCUUAUUGCUAAAAAUUCAGUUGUUUCUUGAUUUAGGUUGGCACAGAGAGGUUUGACAAAUAGUAUGCAUAUAGCAUACGUGAUAAUUAUGGAAGAGAAGGAAGAGAAUUGAUAAGUUGGAAUUUCAUAUGUAUUGUUGUGGAAUUUUUGCCUUGAUAUUAUUCAUGAUUGGAUGAGUUUUAUGAGAUUUUUCAUGAUUUUUCAUAAUUUUCAUUUUUUGUGUGGGAAAGGACAUAAUUGGAAGAAAUUAUAACUUUUAGAACCAAACAGCAGAGAUCAGAAAGCUGAGGAUUAAAUUUUGCAGAAACUAGAAGGUGUGGACCAGUUCUGUCAUUUUGCCAUUAACCAAAAUUGCUUAGAAAGUUGAAAAUGGAACACGGACUUUUCAUUCAGCGAUUUAGUAAAGAUUGACUGGUGCUUUUGUUAGAGUGAUUUUAAAUCAGUAAGAUCCCCAGCUCACCACCAUUCGGAUGAUCAUAUAUGGAUUUGAAUAGUGACGUGUAUUUGAAUCCCAUUGUGGGAUUUGAUCAGAAACAGUAAUGAUUGAUGAUGUAAAAGUAAUAGUAAACGGAUUGUAUAUGA